GCACCAGCGGCAGCUCCCCCAGGAAGUUGACUCUGAGGCACGCGCUCAUCGGGCCAUGUGAUCGCUGCGCACCGAUUAGGUGGUUUGUUCUGGUUAGCCCUAGGCUAGGGGAGAGGAUGGGAGCCUGGCAUUACAAGCAUGUGAUAAAAACAUAUUUUCACGCCACUUCUAGGACAGGAUUUCCACAGAGAGAGAGAGAGAGAGAGGGAUCUGAACAACACCCAGUCAGCACUACUCUUGCAAGGUGCUCUGAUUUCUAAAAAUGGGAAGGAAACUGGACCUUUCCAAACUGACAGAUGAAGAAGCCAAACAUGUUUGGGAUGUAGUUCAGCGGGAUUUUGAGCUACGUCAAAAAGAGGAGGAACGUUUACGGGAACUGAAAGGCAAGAUUGAAAAAGAAGGUGCAAAGCGAGAACUGUUAUCCAGUCAAUCCCACCUCAAUGAAACUCACUGCAUCCACUGCCUGCAACCAUUCAAGUUCCUUGUGAACAGUAAACGUCAGUGCUUAGACUGUCAUCUCUAUACCUGUAAAAAUUGUAGCCGCUACAAUAAAAAGGAGCACGGUUGGGUGUGUGAUUCAUGCCGCUUAUCCCGGAUUGCAAGGACUGGAUCUCUGGAGUGGUAUUAUGAACAUGUGAGAUCUCGCUUCAGGCGUUUUGGAAGUGCUAAGGUGAUGCGAUCUCUCUAUGGAAGGAUGGCACAUGGACAGAAAGGGAAUCCUACCUUGCUUGGCACGGGCAGAGGUCUUGGUCUUCAUGACAGAGUGUAUAGCUUGCCAGACAUCAACAGUGAUUACCAAUUCUGUGGCAAAAACAGUGACAGUGAGGAGGAUGAAGCUGGUGAUACCAUAGAUGGUGCAGAAGCUGAGUGUUAUACUAGGAUGCGAAGGACAAAGCGACUCCUGUCUGUCCACCCUUUUGAUUUUGAAAUGGACUCAGACUAUUCUGCUCAGUCUCGCCGUCAAUCUGUACAGCUCACUCCAGGGCUUGGGAAUGAAGGCCUUCAGACCUUUGAAGAACUCCCAGGUGAUGAGGAAGAAGCUUCACGGAAGGAGUCAAUGAUAGCUGAAGCAGACCUAGCUGCUGUGUUUCACCACAUCUUGCAAGACCAGGGACAGCUCACGUCCCCUCCAGCGCAAGAGUUCAGCACCACAGUUCAACUUCCAGUGAACGCUCAUCCUAAAAACAUGGCGAAAAGUCCCAUGGCCGGCACCUCAUGGAAUGAGCAGCAUCAUUCCCAGUACUCGGCUGAUAUGGACACCUCUGAUGAAGACGUGAAAGGGGCCCCAACGUUGGUUGACUGUCAGCCACAUCAUCCAAAACGCAGAAGCCGAGCCUCAUCCCAGGAAAACAUACAUCAUUCUGGAGUCCAGAUACUUGAACUGAACAAACGCAUGUCAGCUAUUGAACGCUUGCUGAACCGUCUUGAGGAAAAGAUUCUGGUUCACCCAGAAGAGUCUCAGGCUGAUCCCAGCACAGAAGAGAAGGAACUAAAGAGAAAACUAGAGGAGCUGGCUAAUAACAUAAGUGACAAAGCACUUUCUUCAGAAGAAGAUGGAGAGGGGGAAAAGAAGAAAGAAUCAAAACCAGAAAUGAGUUCAUCCAGUGAUGAUCUUCCUACGGCUACCAAAAAGGUGUAUAUUCCUGCUGGAAAACCAUACCGGUCAGAGAGGAAACUGAGAGGUUCGGAAGAAUGUGCCCACCACAGCGCAACUACAGAUUCGGAGCUGUCUGGACUGGAAGACAAAGUGGCUUCUGCUAUGGCUCAGGUGCAGCACACGGAGAGUGAGGUAUCUGAUAUAGAAACUCGAAUAGCAGCUCUGAGUGCUGCAGGGCUGACAGUUAAACCAGUGGAAAAGUCCAGGAAGAAAUUAAGCACCCAAGUAGUUGCCUUCCAGACUCCUAAGAAUGCAUAUAACUUUCUAGAUGAUCAGAGCUCAGACUCUCCUGCUACAGAAUCACCAGAAGACUUCAAAGUAAUGUCUAUGCCACAUGUGUUGAGGAGAAAAUUCACCUCUUCUCUUGAGAUUUCAAAUAAUGCUGAUACAUUUACCCGGAACUCGUAUUACAGAGGAUCUUUGACACAACGAAACCCCAAUGGAAGAAACAGAAAAGCAGACCGCAUUUUUGCAAAACCUGUGAUGACCCAUCGACCUUGAAAACAAUGAAGUUUUUGAAGGCUCAAGAAUCUUAUCCUUCAUUUGUUCUUCCUUUUCUCCCUUCCAUCUGCCAAUUUGCAUGAUGAAACCAAGAAAGAAGGCAUUUAUUUUUUCCCAUGGAAUUUGGGUCCUAUUCUCUUCAAAAUACCAGAAUCCAGCUUAGUAUAUGAAAUAUCCUUCUUGAGAUGGACUUAAUUACUAACCCACAUCUAAUAAAUAUGAUGCCCGACUAAAAUUAUUUCAAUUCAAAUGUAUCACUGCUAUGCAUCCAGAUUUUAAUUAUAUGAACAAGUAGAUCACAGCCAUGUGGUUUAUAACUUUUGGACUUCCAGAAGUUUUGGACUUUGCUCUCAAAAUUCCUGAGGGCUAAUCUGUUGACCAGAAAAUCUACUACUUGGCCUGUUAUCUAUAGCUGCCUUUCCGUAUUGGCUGCUGAACAAUUGGUUAUCUCUAGAUACGUCUUGCUGUCCUUGUUCAUUAAAUCCUCAAGUUCUGACUGCGGAGAUGUCUCCUGAAGACUGUAUGCUUGCUUAUAAUGCCCAUUUUGUCAAUAGUUGCUAACACAUCUUUAACCAACUCAAUUCUAGCAUCUUACAGCACUGUAAAUAUAUUGUUGUUUGCCCGAAAGUUUCAUAGAACUCUUUAUCGCUUUUGAUAUACCCAGACAAUCUGGAAUAUUCCUACUGAAAUAUGUUUUGCAAGGCUCUGGUGCUCAUCAGAAAUACAAGCAGGCAUGUCCUAAGACAAGCUUCCUCCUAAGCAUGCUUCAGGCUAAAAUGACAGAUUUUCCUUAAAUUAAUAGAGAAUGGCUGUGCCUAGGUUCAUUUUCUAUUUAAUGGAGAAGAAAAUUAAAAGGCAGUAACAGUGUAUAGGAACUAUAGCUCAGUGGUAGAACAUUUCCUCCCAGAGCCUUGUAGGUUCAGUCCUUGGCAUCUUCAGUUAAAAGAAUGAGUAAGAAAUGAUGGGAAGGACCCACCUCUGCUUGUGUAAACAUGGAGAGUGACUCCUCAUUAGAGUACACAGAACUACCCUAGAUGACAACUCUGCUAACAUUAGGCUGCUUACUAUAUGUUCUUCACAGUUAGUAUCAUGCAACCGUCGGUCUUCCAGGCAGCUUUAACAGGGUGGUGGUUGUUUUAUUAUUUAGUACUUUCUUCAGUUUUAGAAGCACAUUAUGCAGAAGCUUUAGGAAGCAAAUUUCAUUUGUUGUUGAAGUCAAACAUAGAGAAUAAAUAAAAGUAAGUUUAUCCCCUGAGCAUGUCACUAUGACAAAUAAAUGAUAAAAUCCUUAUUUUUAUUUUGGCUUCCUUCCAGUUCUGCACAAAACAACUAAAAGCUUCAUGUUGUUUAUGGCCUAAACUUACAGUCCAAAUUCAACCAUGUCGUUUGGUGUCCAAUACCAGCAGAACAGGGCAUUCCCUUCCUCUCUCCAAUCUUUUUUGCAGCCCUCCAUGAUGCAGCCCUCUACAGGGUUUCCCAGCACAUGGCCUGAAACAUUUUUAGGAAGUACAGUGGGCUGUGGGAGGGGGAGGGCAUUGUCCUGUUAGAAACAGUGACAUCCAGUGCAAGCACACCAUUGCUUUCUGGCCGCAGUUUUCUCUCCAAUAGAAAUUGUAUCCUGAACCAAGUGGCAUUGCUGAUUUCCAGCUUUAUGCAUGUAAGCACGCUCAAACAUAGAACUGAAAUAAAAGUUCAUUGAAUUCUA